GGCACGGCAACGUAUAGUGGUUGGUUGGAUGAAGUCGCGCGAAAGCAGUAAACCAGUAAACAAACGAAGGCCGUGCACCAAUUCCCUCCUCUAGUCAUCCAUCUCUUUCUCUCUCUCAAGUCUCAACUUCUUGUAAAGGUCGGAAGAUCCAAAUAUAAUAUCAAGAAAUUUGCUUUUGAAGAUGGGGAAGAAGCGGGUUAUAUUGCCGGCGCAGUAUGUUGACUUGGCUGAUGUGAAGUAUGAACCAGGAGAGAUCAAAGCUCCUCAUUUGACAGGGUUUGCAUUGAAGCUCUUCGUUUGGUUGGUGGAAGUCCCACUUAUUGGGUCUUUCAUCAUGUCUUACGUGAAGAAGCAGAACAAAAUGUUUGAGAUAUUGCGCAAAACAAAGAUACCAGAAGCGCCCAUGUUUAAACCUGAGUUCCCUCCUCAAGAGAUGGAAGCUGGUGUUGUUGUCAUUGAAGAAGAUAUUAGACCUACUGACCGUGUUGAUUUAGCAUUGAAGUGUCUUCCAUCUUAUGAUCCUGCCCGCUGCUGGACUGGUGACUCGGUUCCAUUUUUGUACUGGAAGAUUCGUGAUUACGCACAUGCUUAUCGGAGUAGACUUGUAACCCCUUCAAUGGUUGCAGAAAAUAUCAUCUCAGCUGUCGAGGAGUUGAAUAAUAAGAAGCCUCCAAUGGCAUUAUUUGUCACUUUUAGUGCUGAGGAAGUAAGGAAACAAGCUGCAGCUUCUACACGAAGGUUUGAGGAAGGAAACCCAUUGUCUAUUUUAGAUGGGAUUUUUAUGGCAAUAAAGGAUGAUAUAGACUGUUGCCCAUAUCCAACUAAGGGUGCAACAACAUGGCUUCAUGAGGUCCGCACGGUUGAGAAAGAUGCUGUUUCUGUUUCAAGAUUGCGAAGCUGUGGUGUGAUUUUUGUAGGAAAAGCAAAUAUGCAUGAAUUGGGUCUUGGGACAACUGGAAAUAAUCCAAAUUAUGGAACAACAAGGAACCCGCAUGAUGUUGAAAGGUAUACAGGUGGAUCUUCCUCAGGUCCAGCAGCAAUUGUAGCUUCUGGAUUAUGUUCAGCUGCACUGGGAACAGAUGGUGGAGGUUCAGUUCGGAUUCCUUCUUCACUCUGUGGUGUGGUGGGCCUGAAAUCAACAUACGGACGUACUGACAUGAAAGGGGCACUCUGUGAUAGUGGGACUGUUGAAAUUAUUGGACCAAUUGCAUCCACAGUUGAGGAUGUAAUGCUAGUGUAUGCAGCAAUUUCAGGGUCGUCUCCUGCUGAUAGAAUCAGUUUAAAGCCAUCUCCACCUUGUUUGCCAAAUUUAUCAUCGUAUGAUAGUUCAUUUUCUUUGGGAUCACUGCGACUGGGAAAGUAUACAGAGUGGUUUAAUGAUGUAUAUUCAACCAAUAUCUCCAAUAAGUGUUCAGAUGUUCUGAAUCUAUUGUCAACAACUCAUGGGUGUGAAAUAAUAGAUAUUGUAAUACCAGAGAUACAUGAAAUGCGAACUGCACAUGUUGUUUCCAUUGGUUCUGAAUCACUCUGUUCUUUGACUCCUGAUUGUGAAGAUGGAAAAGGCACCAAAUUGACUCAUGAUACUCGAACAAAUUUGGCACUCUUCCGUUCAUUCUCUGCAUCAGACUAUGUUGCUGCUCAAUGCCUGAGGCGAAGGAUGAUGUAUUAUCAUCUGGAGAUCUUCAAGAAGGUUGAUAUCAUUGUAACCCCAACGACUGGUAUGACAGCACCGAUGAUACCUCCAAGUUCUCUCAGCUCUGGGGAGACAAAUUUACAUGUUUCAGGUUACCUCAUGCGAUUUGUAAUAGCAGCAAAUCUUCUUGGACUUCCUGCAAUUUCUGUCCCUGUUGGCCACGAUAAACAAGGUCUUCCAGUAGGCUUGCAACUGAUAGGCCGUCCCUGGGGUGAAGCUUCCAUCCUGCGUUUGGCUUCUGCAGUGGAGGAACUCUGUGAGAAAUCCAGGAAGAAGCCUGCAAUAUUUUAUGAUAUUCUGAAGAAGUAGAUUGUUCUUCUGCAACAUAUUACUUCUUGUCUUGGGUGUAUCUGUUAGUUCUAGUUCAAUGUGGAACAUGUGGUUUAUCCAGAUGAGUCAGUCCUCCGUCAUGCUUUAAAAACAUUGGCUUGUCUGAACAAGUUCUGGAAUCCAUUAGAAUAACAAUGGCUGGAGUUACGAGGAGGAAUAGAAAAAACAAAUAAGCCUGCAAAUUAAUGGUGUUUUCUCCCUUUUAACUUGGGAUGGUCAAGCUGAACUGAAACCUGAUUGUAAGGUGAUCCCUGUUGAAUGAUACUUCCGUAGUUCCAUAGUGUAUCUGGUACGACAAACUGAUGCAAGUGAAGCACAUGGGCUUUCUGAUA